CAUUCACCUGUCGGUCACUGGUCUCCCCGCAGUCCUGAAAGCAGCACGGCUUCACGUCUCCCUGAGACAAAAUCAAAGAUGAAGGUUGACAUUCACAAUCAUAUUUUGCCGAAGGAAUGGCCUGACUUGAAGGAGAGAUACGGCUAUGAAGGAUUUGUUCAGCUUCACCAUCACUGCCAAGGGUCAGCCAAAAUGAUGAGGGAUGGGAAGUUGUUCCGGGUGAUUCAGGACAACUGCUGGGAUGCUGGAGUACGCAUACGUGACAUGGACCAACAUGGUGUGGCAGUUCAGGCGCUCUCAACUGUUCCUGUGAUGUUCAGCUACUGGGCCAAACCUCAGGACACACUGGAUCUUUGUGGCCUUUUAAAUGACAAUUUGGCACAGACGGUGCGCAGCCACCCUAAGAGGUUUGUGGGCCUGGGCACGCUGCCCAUGCAGGCGCCAGACUUGGCCAUCCUGGAGAUGAGGCGCUGUGUGAAGGAGCUGGGCUUUCCUGGAGUCCAGAUUGGGUCGCACAUUAACAACUGGGACCUAAACGCCCCAGAACUGCUCCCCUUCUAUGCUGCUGCAGAGGAGCUUGGCUGCUCCAUAUUCGUCCACCCGUGGGAUAUGCAGACAGAUGGGAGGAUGGCUAAGUAUUGGCUACCCUGGCUGGUGGGUAUGCCAUCAGAGACCACUGUUGCCAUUUGUUCCAUGAUAUUUGGAGGCAUCUUUGAGAAGUUCCCUAAACUGAAAGUCUGCUUUGCUCACGGAGGUGGUUCUUUUCCUUUCACUCUUGGCAGGAUUGAACACGGCCACAAAGUUCGUCCUGAUUUGUGUGCGAUUGACAAUAAGAUGAGUCCACGAAAGUACCUUGGGUCUUUCUACACAGACUCCCUGGUCCAUGAUCCCAUGUCGCUGAAGCUGCUUGUUGAAGUCAUCGGAAAAGAUAAAGUGAUGCUAGGAACAGAUUACCCAUUCCCACUUGGUGAGCUGGAACCUGGAUCCCUGAUAGAGUCAAUGGAUGAGUUUGAUGCCCCAAUAAAGGACAAGUUGCUUGCUGGAAAUGCUCUGGAUUUUCUUGGACUGAAAAGAGAACAGUUUGUGUAGCUGGACUAUAUAAAUACAUACACAAAUAAUUUGGAUGAAACUACUUUAAUGCAAAUCCAUUACAUUUUUUAAAUAAAGAGUGAGUUUUUAUUUUUAAAAA